UAGCGCUCGUUACCAUGGUAGCCAGAGCAUCUAGUUACCAGUUCCACAGCUAUGCCGCGGCAGAAUCCUACUUACGGUCUACGGAGACCAGCUGCCGCUGUCUGUGGAGUGACCCACCCAGCUGGGGUCUUACUUUAGGGCCUUCCCAUGGCUUCCUCGGAGAGGAUGGAGGCAGUGACCAAAGGAACGCGGUUCUGGCACCGCCCCAAGCAGGCUACUUAUACCCCUGAGACAUGCGAGCUCCUCAGAGUGAUGAUGAAGGAGUCCCAGCUGACUGAAUUCCAACAGCGCCACAUCAUGGACGCCAUGAAAAGAGGAGACACGCUGCCCGUCCACUGCAGCCCGACUUCCAGCCAGAGGGCCCUGCCUCCCAAGCAGCCGGACUCCGCCGUCUGCCUGCCUCCCAUCCUGGUGGCCCGGCCGCACCUCCGGCCUGCCAGCCUGUGCCAGGCCAACGGGGCCUACAGCCGGGAGCAGUUCAAGCCUCGAGCCACCCGAGAUUUGGAGAAGGAGAAGCGAAGACUCCAAAACAUCUUUGCCACAGGAAAGGACAAAGGGGAACGCAAAAGGAAGCCCCCUCCUGUAAAGCAACACAAGGCCCCAUCCCCAGAGCUGGACCGAUUUGAAGAAUUGGUCAAGGAAAUUCAGGAGAGGAAAGAGUUCCUGGCUGACAUGGAGGCCCUGGGACAGGGCAGGCAGUACCAAGGGAUCAUCCUUGCUGAAAUCUCCCAGAAACUGCGGGAGAUGGAAGACAUUGACCACCAGAGGAGUGAGGAACUCAGGGAGGCUCUCGUCCCUGCCUGAUCUGUCUGCGGAGACCGCGAUGGAGCAGCCCAGCCUCAACCGGUGGAGCCCACGCCCUUGCCAAGCAGGGCCAUUCCCAGGCCCGCCCACCCAGCCUGGCCCUCGGCCACAUCAGAUGGGCACACGCACUGGCCUGGCCUAGUGUUCUCCGAGCACAGGCGGUGCCCCAGAACACAGGCCACACCAGGGACUGUGCCCAGGGGCUCUGGGUUGCCUGCGCCUGAGACCCAGUCACAUACAAAUGACUUUGAGUCUUUUCUUGGGGAAAAGCAAGCUGGAGUCCCCGAUCUUGGGCAAAUGUCUAAGUGCAUCCGAAGGGCCCCCUUCCCACCAUCUCCACCAGACUCUGCGUCCCGUUUAGCUUUCUGAGCUCAGGAACAAAUAUCCCUUCCUUCCUUCCUGUCUAGGACCUGCUUACUCGACUGACAGCCAUAGGCAAGUGUUUAACCACUAUGGUUAAUUGGCCGAUAAAACA